GCUACAGAGGUGUACCUCUCUCAAGCAGAAACACACACUAGUAGCGAAGAAGCCUAGUAGUCAUUCCAGUACUCGUCAUGGCUUCCUCCAUGAUCUCAAGUGCCGCCGUUACCUCAGUCAACCGCGCCGCCCCGGCUCAGUCCAGCAUGGUGGCGCCCUUCACCGGCCUCAAGUCCUCCUCCGCUUUCCUGCCAUCCCGCAAGCUCGACACCGACAUUACCACUCUCGCCAGCAACGGCGGAAGAGUCCAGUGCAUGAAGGUGUGGCCUCCACGAGGACUGAAGAAGUUCGAGACCCUGUCUUACCUUCCUCCCCUAACCAGUGCACAAUUGGCUAAGGAAGUGGACUACCUUCUUCGCUCGGGAUGGAUUCCCUGCUUGGAAUUCUCCAUUGAGGGAGGAUUCGUGUACCGUGAGAACCACAGGUCUCCAGGAUACUACGACGGGCGGUAUUGGACAAUGUGGAAGCUGCCUAUGUAUGGAUGCACGGACUCGGUGCAGGUGUUGAAGGAGGUGGAAGAAUGCAAGAAGCAGUACGAGGAUGCCUUCAUUCGCAUCAUCGGGUUCGACAACAAGCGCCAGGUGCAGUGCAUCAGUUUCAUCGCCUACAAGCCCGCGCGCGCGGGCCUCUAAAUUAAUUCUUCAACAUCAUCAAGCUGUGUUUUUGUUUUUUUUUGAUGAUUCGCCUUUAAGAUUUAGCUCUUUGUCGAUGCUGUUUUUUCUUUUUCUUUUUUCUGUCAAUCGGAUCUCCAACGGAACAACAAGGUAUUAGAGGUAACAAAUUACUACGGAGCGUAUGUUUUGUUGGUGAUGAACUGAUGAUGCACUGAGAGGUCUCUGGUCUGUGGCCCUUCAUGUGUUUGUCCUAUAUUUUUUAAUAAUCAGUAUGAUGGUUGUUGCCUCGUGCUAGCUAA